CGUUCUUCAACACAGACCUCCUGCACAAAUUCAACAAUCAACCUUCUUUUCAAAAUGUUCAAAUUGGUGGUGUUGUCGACAUUGAUUGCCCUAGCAGCUGCCCGUCCCGGAUACAGUUAUGCCCCACUGGCCUACCACGCACCGACUCUAAUUGCCAAGCCAGAGAUUUACUACGAAAAGAGCAUCAUCGAGGAACCGGCGGUCGCACAUGUCGGCACCGUUGUGAAACACAUCCCGACAGCCGUUUCCCACCAGAGCUCGACCGUUGUGCAUAGUUCGGCCAAGUAUGCCGAACCGAUCUACGCGCCAACUGUGAAGCAUACCGUCGUUUCGACUCCGGUUAUCAAGACCGCUUACCAUGCAUACCCGUCCUACAGCUAUGCCUUUGCUCCGGCGUUACAUUAUGGACAUGGACACUACUGAAACUGACCGGCGAGGAAGCGCUCAGAACCAGGAUGAAUGCGGACCAACGGGAUGUUACGUGAUAUGUAAAUUAUUUGUAUUCCAAGAUGCCAUCGGCGGCUAGCUGCCGGCCGUUGCCGAAUAUGGUGUAUGCUGAAUGUUCAAAACGUUUGCGGUGUUCCUGACUGACCGACGACGGGCAGAUCAAGCUUCUUUUGUUCACUUUGAUUGUUGGUGAAAGAUGAGAAGAUUGAUUGGAAAGCUGCGAAUAAAAGUGAGCCAAAAAGUUGA